CUACAACGCGGGACGAUUGAAGUGGAUUGACGAGCUCAGGUGUUGGUGUUUGUGGCCUUGUCGUCAUAAUGCUGACAGCUGUUGGCAUUUGAAUAGUACAGAUUGGUUAUUCGAGAUGGAUGUAAUCGUAUAUAAUCAGCACGAAACUAGUAGUAUUGCGAGCAGCACUGAUGGCGCCGAGACUCAGUACGAUGAGGAGAGCGUGCCUGAUCUCGAUAUCGACGGGGAUCUGCUAUCGAUCGAUGGUGACAAACGGAAUAAACUGCCCUUCCGCAGGAGCCUAUUCGAUAAUGUGCCGCCUUACAUCGCCUUUCAGUCUUUUGACAGCAAGACUAGUGCGACGCUGCCGUACGAAGUGACGAGACAUCUUAAGUGGCAUCUGACUACAGUAACACCGAUAUUAGUGCGCCGCACCGUUGUGAAUUCCGGUUAUCGGUUAAUGAAAAAAUGUCGGUAUUGGUGCGGCACUUGGGGCAAGCACAUGAAGUCCACCUCCUACAAGAGUUUGAAGGAGUCGCAGAAGGUCAAUCACUUUCCCGGCACUUUCCAGAUCGGCCGGAAGGAUCGACUGUGGCGCAAUCUUAGCCGGAUGAUGAUGAAGUACGGCAAACGGGAAUUCGGCUUCGUGCCGCACACCUACGUGCUACCUCAGGAUAUGCGUAUGUUCCGCCAGGUGUGGGAGAAAAAUGGCGACAAAGAGAAAUGGAUCAUUAAACCGCCGGCGUCUGCCCGUGGCACCGGGAUCCGUGUAGUCCACCGCUGGUCCCAAAUACCAAAGAAACGCGCCGUCGUCGUGCAGCAGUAUCUGUCGCGGCCAAUGCUAAUACGAGGCGCCAAGUUCGAUCUGCGACUCUACGUGUUUAUCACCAGCAUUAAUCCGCUUAAGGUUUACAUAUAUCCAGAUGGCCUUGUACGCUUCGCUUCCGUCAAGUACAACGACGAUAUUAACUACCUCAGCGAUCGUUUCAUGCAUCUCACCAACUACAGCAUCAACAAGACCAGCGCGACUUACACCAGUAACGACUCCGUGGAUUCUAGCACCGGUCACAAGUGGACCCUGAAAACACUGUGGUCCUAUCUCGAGCAAGAAAAUGUAAAUGUUGCCAAGAUAUGGAAGUCGAUAAAGGAUAUAGUCGUCAAGACGAUGAUAGCUGGCGAAUCUUCUAUCAACACUCUAACGAGAGCCAAUACAACUUCAAGGUAUUGUUGUUACGAACUUUUUGGCAUCGAUAUUAUUUUGGACGAAAACCGAAGACCGUGGUUACUCGAGGUGAAUAUAUCGCCCUCUCUACAGUCUUCCUCGCCUCUCGACAUCGCGGUCAAGGGGCCCCUCAUUAGAAACCUCUUUAAUAUGGCCGGAUACCAACUGCCCACAUGCAUACCGUCGGAGGAAGUGGAGAAACUAGCCCAAAGAUAUCGGUUAGAUUCGGUGUGCCAAGAUUACAAACUGCACCGAACUACCCUUAGCUACCAGGAACGUCAUAAACAAUCCUUAUACGCAAAUUUGAGAAAUCGGGAGGAUUAUCUGGAUGAAAUAAUCGAUGAUCUUACUCCUGAUGAUGUAAGACAUUUGAUUACAUAUGAAGACGAGUUAACACAGUUAGGAAAUUUUGAAAAGAUUUUUCCUACUAUCGUCAGCCACCAAUAUUUGCAGUAUUUUGAUGUUCCGAGAUACUACAAUAUGUUAUUUGAUGCAUGGGAGGCCAAGUACGGUGAUAAUCGGGAGGAGGGAAUCUCCCGAUUGCAAAAGCUGUGUAAGACCAAGUAUCACCUAGAACAAGUCUUUUAAAUUAGUUAUGCGCAACCUGCGAUUUGUGGGCUGCAUGAGCCCAUUUGUGAAUUUUUUGCGGUUUAUCAACUCAUAGCCAAAAAUAUUAAAUCAUGUUCUCUAUUUUAUUCAAACGAAAUAAGCAUUGUAUAGUCCGCAAAAUUUUAUCCAUUUCUGAAAAUGGCCUUCUGAAAAUGAACCCUAAAAAAGGUUGCGCAUUACUGUUUUAGAUAGUAAUCUUUUUCUUUUCAUACGUCAUUUUACAACGAUGGUACCGACAUCAAAGAGACGCAGAGCUGCGACGUCAUUCCCGUUAUUGACGCCUUAUCGUGUGGAAUCCUUUUUGUUUCGCAUGCUAUGCGCGCUUUGUUGUAUACGGGUAAACGUACCAUUUCCAUGUCCGUUGGUUCACCAAGGACCAAAUUCAUUAUGUGCCUUUUC